AUAGAUCCUUAAGAAAGCCCACGUCCCUAACGUUUACGCCAAAUUUGCCCCCUCUCCAAAAAAAACCAGAUCCUGUUCCGCGCCACCACUCCCCUCCCUUUCUGCGCCACCUCUCUACCCCAAAAAAUAAAUCCUGUUCCGUGACCGUUUGCUAGGAAAGCCCAUGUCCCUAACUUUUACGCCGAACUUGCCCCCUCUCCAAAAACCAGAUCCUAUUCCCGUCCACCACUCCCCCUCCCUUCCACCCUUCCCACGACUCCCCCAACACCCCCCUCCCCUUCCCACAAAAAAGACAGGCCCUGUUCCGCGACUGUUUGGUGGGAAAGCCGACAUUGUCACCAACCAUUCCCAUCCUCUUUAUCAAAAUUGAAAUCCCUCCCUAUAAACACCCUCAUAAAUUUUGAUCAUUUCUCAGCAAAACAUAUUUCAUGAUAAAAAACUUGGCCAAUAUUCAGCUACGUUCUCUACUUCUUCUUCACUAUGAUCGAGCCGGCCAAGCGGCUGGUCCCGGAAAGGCCGGUCCAACUAAAGUUGCCCACCUCCCAAAUCGAGCCUAGUUCAAGAUCUGAUAUAGAGGAGCAGAAGCUCCCGCCUACAACCGAUUUGCAACCUGAUGAUGGUGAUGAUCCUCGUGAUCGAGUCCCCGUUGAUAACAAUAACAUGACGAACUUGCCGUUGCUGUCGACAGUCAUUGGACACCUUAUCCGCCUGUGGAAGAGGGUCAAGUCAAUUCAACCUGAGUUGCCCCCCGCCCAACGAGAGCGUAGUGCAGGAUUUGAUAUAGAAGGGCAGCAGUACCUGCCUACUGCCGAUCGGCGACCUGAUGAUGGUGAUGAUCCUCGUGAUCGAGUCCCCGUUGAUAACAAUAACAUGACGAACUUGCCGUUGCUGUCGACAGUCAUUGGACACCUUAUCCGCCUGUGGAAGAGGGUCAAGUCAAUUCAACCUGAGUUGCCCCCCGCCCAACGAGAGCGUAGUGCAGGAUUUGAUAUAGAAGGGCAGCAGUACCUGCCUACUGCCGAUCGGCGACCUGAUGAUGGUGAUGAUCCUCGUGAUCGAGUCCCCGUUGAUAACAAUAACAUGACGAACUUGCAGUCGCUGCCGGCGGUGAUUGGACCUUGUUUUACCGCCAUUAGCAUUGGCAUAGCCUUGCAAUAUUUUCAAACGCUUGCACCCGUACCUGCAACCUUCCCGUUGUCAUGCAUGGCUAUCCUACUGAUGUUUUGUGCUUAUUGGGCAUCUAUUAUCCUACAACGCCAUUACCCCAAGGCAUCUAGUUUCAUGGGCCAAGUCUCAAUUCUCUUCGCCAUUAUUCCGGUUGUGUUAGUCUUCCCUGUUGAAUACCGAGCCAAGCUGAUAUUUAUCGCGGUCUUCAUCUUUGGAGGGCUCGUCAUAAAAGUCCUUCCGCUCGAGACUGGUCAUAGGCGUGCUUUGAACAUCCAUCCACAGCCAUGAUUGGCGGCAGGGUGGCGGAUUCAGAGAUAAAAGAGUCACGUUGACUAAAUGAAGACCUUAAAAAAGCAACUACAUAUAUACGAUUACACGAAGCAACUGCAAAAGAGAAAAAUAAUAAUAACAUAAUGUCGACAUUUCCAUAAGAGUCAAAAUAUACUAUUCUCUCGUCAAAAUAAUAAUAACACAAUGUUGACAUUUCCAUAAAAGUCAAAACAU